AUGCCUAAGCCGUGCGCCGCCCACGACUCCCCGAAGGCCGGGCUGGCUGCUGGCCCGGGCUCGGCACGGCGCCCGCCUUGCUGGCAGAGCCCCGUCUCCCUCCCCUUUGCUGUGGUGUCUGUAGGUGUUGUCCGUGCCCCCCUGCGUCCCCAGCGUGCCCUCCCGCCGAACCGCUCCUGCCCCGAAGGGCAGCGCCGCGGGCAGCAGCACCCCGUCCCCAGAAUCCCAGGGGAGCCAUGCCGGGGGGAGCGCCUGUCCCCGGGGUCGUCGUGCGUCGCGCACGCGCUGCGAGGGUCGCAGGACGGGGGCUUGCCCGGGUGGCUGUCGCGGCGGCCGCGCCGUGACGCCUGUGCCGAAAGCCAGGUGUGCUGCGGGGGAGCGUGGCGAGGGCCAGGGGCCGGCGGAGGGGCUGUGUGCGUGGUGCGGGGGGGUGGGUGCCCACCCCACUGGCGUGCAGCCCCCGAGGGGCUGAGCAGCUCCGCACCCGCUUGCCUGUGCUCUCUCUUAAAUGUGGCGAAAGACGGGUGGCAAGGCAGCUGCUGGCUCGCAAAGCUGUAUCGUGUUUUUUCGUGCUGUAUUCAGCCCGGGAGGGCGAGUGUUGUAGCCAUGAGCGGUUCCCUUCGGUCGACGGAGGCUCCCGUGUUUGUGGGUGGCUGCAAAGCGGCGCGUCUGUCCCGCGGUGUCCCCUGCGCGGUGGUACGGGGGUGGGGUGGGGGGCGUAUUGGGUUUUUAUUUUAAUCCCAAAUAAAUAUUAUAUUUCGUAA